CAAAAAAAAAACGAUGUGUGGUGGCGGUAUUCACUUUAAUACCAAUGCCAGGUCUUGCCCAGUCAGUCGCAUAAAGACACUUGAUCAUACAUUACCGUUCGCUUCUUCACUUGGCCUGACAAACGGAAUAACUCGGAAAAAGUUUCUCCGGUCUUUCAGAUGCAAGCCCAUGCUGGCCGAGCACGUGUACUGACCAUAUUCCGCUUACCUCUAUAAGGAACAACGAAAAGUACUGGUUAGACAGUGAUUGUGAAGAAGUUCAAAAGGUGGUGGCAACGGCGGUUUAACGUUGCACCUUGAUCCUCCUCAUCAUCAUCAUCGUCAUUACCGUUCAGUGGUGUAAUCGGCAAAGAAGUUGUUGUUGUAGAAAAGAACCGGUUAAAUGUGUUGCACACGUUCGCUUCUGUAUUUAUUAUUGCGGUUUUGUUGCUGUUAAUUUUGUGUUUGCUGCAGUUGUCAAGUCGAAUGGUCGUGCACGUAUUGUUUCAUAAUCGAAUGAAAAUCGAUGGCUAAACUCAAAAAUUGCCGCAAUACAAAUAUUCGAAAUUGAAAUUCGAAUGUCAUAUUGAUAUAGUGACAAAAUGAACUAAAACAUUCGAGCCCAAAGAGGGGAGCGCCACUUACGAUACCGUCUAUGAAUGUAGACCGAAAAUAAAUAAACGACCCUGAAGACAAAACAGAAAACAUCUGUCCAUACUGUGCCAGGCCAAACACACACACACACACGCACACACACAAUCAACGAGAACAACAUCGCCCACGCUCUAUUCUUCGGGGCGAAGGAUGAUUAGGCGGAUUGGGUACACAGGGAUGAUAGGUUCCUUUCGAUGGCGACCAAUUGAACCGCAGCUUGUUGUCUUACUGCUAGUCUACAGCUGCAUGUGGAGGCAACUCGAUGCGGUGUUUUCCCCCUAUCGGCAGAAUCGUGAGAUCAUCAUAACAGAUGCGGUGAGGCGUAUACGUCAUGACGGCUUUCCCGUUGAACAUCACAAAGUGCAAACUAAAGACGGAUAUGUGUUGACACUGCAUCGCAUACCAGUUCUCCAGCGCUUUUCGAAUGGAAGAGUCCGCGUCUUGAGACGACCAACGGUUUUGAUGCUGGCCGGCAUAUAUGCGUCAUCGGAUGCAUGGCUCUUGAAUGGACCGGAGAACUCAUUGCCAUAUUUGCUUUCGAAAAGCGGAUUUGACGUGUGGCUGGGCAACAACAGGGGCAAUAUUUAUUCACGCCGCAAUGUGUUUCUCAAUGCAAGCGAACCAGAAUUUUGGAACUUUUCCUGGCAUGAGAUGAGCGUCUUCGACAUGACAGCCAUGGUUGACUUCAUUCGAAUGUACACGGGUGAGAAGAGAAUGCACUUUGUUGGCAUUUCGCAAGGGGGCACUGUUUUCCUGGUCCUAAACUCUAUGUUGCCCCAAUAUAACGACGUAUUUAAGACCGCCACCCUAUUGGCCCCCGUUGCGUACGUGAGCAACACCAAGGGGGCGUUGGCAAAAGUAUUUGGCCCCUUACUGGGCACGAGAAACUAUGUGUCCAAGGUGCUGGAGGGAGUGGAAAUGGUGUCUACAAAUAAGUAUGUUAAGAAGCUGCUCUCCAUGGCCUGUUUGGAAAAUGAACGACCCCUGGUUUGUGUGAGUCGGCUAUGGCCAGCUGCAGGCUAUGACACAGAGCUUCUCAACAAGACGCUGCUGCCAGACAUAAUGGCCAACUUCCCCGUUGGCGGAUCCUUUAAGCAGAUCAUGCAUUAUUUCCAGGGAUAUAUGUCGAAAAAAUUCCGCCAGUAUGAUUAUGGUCCAGAACAGAAUUUUUUGCGUUAUCAUCAACUGGAACCCCCCGAUUAUUGUCUGGAGAAUGUGUCAGUUCCCACAACCAUUUACUACGCCGAAAACGAUUACAUAGUUUCGGUGGAAGAUAUUUGGAGGCUAAUUCGUCGGCUCAGGUCUAUACAAGCCAUCUAUAAGCUGCCACACAAAAAAUGGAAUCACUUUGACUUCAUCUGUGGCCUGGGAGUGCGCCAAAUAAUUUUCGAUAAUGUGGUCAGCAAUCUUUUAUCCUAUGAAUACGGUUAGGUCCGUACAAACGAAAUCUUCAAUUAAACGAUUAGAGGCCAAAUAAUAAUUUUAUUUUUAUUGAUUUUAAAAUGUGAUAGAAUUCCGAAAGCUAAAGUAUUUAUUCUUCUAAAACGAUAGUAUGUUAAAUAAAAAUAAAUAUGUAAAUACACAGA